AGGCCCGUGUGGCAGGGAGCUGCUCCUGUCAGAGCUGAAUCCCUCAGGUCAACCUGCAUCCCCAGAAGCUGGUGUUUGGGGUCCCCCUCCCCGCUGCAGGCCUCCCCACAGAUGCUGUGGCUGCUGCUCCUGACCCUCUCCUGCUUGGGGGGCUCCAUGCCCGGGAACCCAGAGCCCGGCGCGGGGCGUGAGCUGGUGGGCAUCGUUGGGGGCUGCAACGUCUCGGCCAGGAGGUACCCCUGGCAGGUCAGCCUGAGGUUCUACAGCAUGAAGAAGGGUCUGUGGAAGCACAUCUGCGGGGGCUCCCUCAUCCACCCAGAGUGGGUGCUGACCGCCGCCCACUGCCUUGGGCCGGAGGAGUUGGAGGCCUGUGAGUUUAGGGUGCAGGUCGGGCAGCUGAGGCUCUAUGAGGAUGACCAGCCGACGAAGGUGGUUGAGAUCGUCCGUCACCCCCUGUACAAUGAGAGCCUGUCUGCCCAGGGCGGUGCGGACAUCGCCCUGCUGAAGCUGGAGGCCCCAGUGCCGCUGUCUGAGCUCGUCCACCCAGUCUUGCUCCCGCCUACCUCCCUGGACGUGCCCUCGGGGAAGACCUGCUGGGUGACCGGCUGGGGUGACAUUACGGACAACCAGCCGCUGCCCCCACCCUACCACCUGCAGGAGGUGGACGUCCCUAUCGUGGGGAACAGGGAAUGUGAGCAGCAGUACCAGAAUGAGUCCUCAGGCAGCGACGACAGGGUCAUCCAAGAUGACAUGCUCUGUGCUGGGAGUGAGGGCCGGGACUCCUGCAAGGGCGACUCCGGGGGCCCCUUGGUGUGCAGGUGGAACUGCACCUGGGUCCAGGUGGGGGUGGUGAGCUGGGGCAAACUCUGCGGCCUUCGUGGCUACCCCGGCGUGUAUGCCCGCGUGACGAGCUACAUGUCCUGGAUUCGCCAGUACGUCCCUCCGUUCCCCGGACCCUAGCUGGGGUGCAGUGGGGUCUGCAUGAUCCAGGAGGCCCCGUCUUCCUUGUGGACACUCCUGCUGCUCCCCAGUCCCAGCCUCACCCUCCCGCGGGUCUCUGCCCCGAGACCCUUCUGCUCCUCUCAGCCUCUCAAGGCUCUGUGUUUUCCUGGCGGCAGGAGGCUCAGGGAGCAGGGGAGGGGCCCUCAGAGAUGAGUCGGGAGUGGGAACAGAAUCCCCGAAAUCCUAGACGGCUUCUUGUGACUUG